AUGGCAGGCACCGCCACGGGGGAGACGGAGCACAUAUUCGGCCAGGUGUCCGCAGACCCGGACAGAUCAAAUGCCUGCCCCAGAGGUGGCGCUGCAUCCCACAGGAAAACUAUUUCAAAUUUGGAGAGAAGUGUUCAGAAUAAAGUUGUUGUUGGUGUGUUGGGGAGAUCGGGAGCUGGGAAGAGUUCGCUCAUCAACGCGAUUUUGCAAGAGCGACACUUGCUGCCAGCUGGGACCGUCAGCGCGUGCACCUCCGCCGUUAUUAAGGUGGAGGCUUCGACGGACUCCCAAUACACUGCAGAGAUUCAUUUAAUCCGGAGCGAGGAAUGGAGAGAAGAGUUACACACACUUCUGGAAAUAUUAUCUGACGAAGAUGAGGACAGUGACAUGGCUGAGAUGGCAAAAGAAAAAAUUCAGGCUGUGUACGGAGAGGAUGGACUCGGGAAAAGUUUUGAUGACCUGAUGUGUUGUGAUGAAGAAAUCUCAAAGUUUCUGUCACAGCCUCUGAAAACUAUUUCACAUACCACUGCAUCAGAGCUUUCCACAGAGAUUGGCCAAUAUACACGGAGUGAUGACCCCUCCAACAGAUCCUAUUGGCCACUUGUUAAGCACAUAACCAUAAAGGUUCCAAAACAUCAGGACAUCCUCGAGCACGUCGUCCUGGUUGAUCUUCCUGGAGCUGGGGAUUGCAACAAGAGUAGAGACGAGAUGUGGAAAUUGUAUAUAAGCAAAUGCUCCUAUGUGUGGAUCGUCAGUGACAUUGAUCGGGCAGCUUCAGAUAAGGAUUCGUGGAUGAUUCUCAACAACAGCAUCCAAGACAUGAGACAAGGAGGAGAGUGCCGUGGCAUCACCUUCAUCUGCACCAAAACAGACAAUGUCAUCCCACUGUCAUACAUGAGGUGCUACACUGGAAUGGUGACAAAACGCUUCUAUGCUGGGGAGGAUACUUUUGAGGUGUAUACAGUUAGUUCAGAGGAGUUCCAGAAUGAGGAAAAUCCUAUCCUGGAAAGCAGUGAAACAGAGAUACCACAACUGCAGAAACUCUUGAAGAAACUGAACAGAGAUUUCUUGAAGAAAGCAGAUGACUUUUAUGCCAGGAAAGAUGGCAGAGGGUACCAUAAGACCCUGAAAGCUUUGUGCUGGAAUGAGGGAUUCUUCAGAUCCAAAAAUGGAAUUGUGACGGAUCUGAACAAAACUUUGGCCACAGUGAUGUUUGAGCAUGUGGAUGACCUGUUUCAGAGCAUUUUCCCAGUUGAUGGAAGUACAGGCGGAUCAAUCAACAAAAGAAUUGAUGAUUUCAGCAUUGUCCCAAACAAGAAAUUCAGUAAUCUUUCAGUGCAACUUUAUCAGGAAUUCUUUGAAACAGAGGAAGAUGUUCUGAAGCAGCAGCUGAAAUCUGAAGUCCUGGAAAGAAAAAAGAAAAUCUACGCCUCCCUCACAGAGUCUAUUAAGACUAGCAUGAGCGCCUGCUAUAAAGAGGCUGCUGCCUUCAGUGGACCGGGUAGCAUGAAAUUGAUUCAGGAGACUCUGCAGCAUCACAUAGAAUCAACCAAGCAUAUCAUGUUCCAUAAGGCCAAGAAGAAUAUGCUGGAGCUGUUCAAGAGCUUGAAGGUUUGA